AUGACAAACCUUUUGACCGACCCCGCCCUCUUUAUCUUCACCUCUUUGACAGCUGGCUCAUCCCACAUCGUCACGGCCACCUCACGUCUCGAGACCAUCCUACGCGCCAACCGGGUUCCCUUCAAAGCCGUCGAUAUUGCCGUCGACACCAAGGCUCGCUUGCUAUGGGGUCGAAGAGCCGGUAAAGACAAGAGCGGUCGCCCAAGGAAACUUCCUGCCCUCGUUCAGGAGGGCUGGGUUCUGGGUGAUAUUGUUGAAAUCGAAGAAUGGAACGAAUAUGGCGAGCUCAAGGAGCACGUCACGAUUUACUUCGACGAAUUCACCAUCCCCUCCAUCAACGAUAAGCUUCCCGAGCCUCCCUUAAAACGGCCCAUCGACCUUACCGGCGGCCUUCUUGCUUCCAUGACCCCUUCGCCUGUCGCCAAGGCUGUAGCAGCUGCAGCCGCCAGCGCCGCCGCUGCUCCAAAGCCUGCUCCUGCUGCGCCCCCGCUACCGGGAGCCAAGGCCGCUGCAUCCUCUGCGGCACCGAAGGCUUCUACAGAACCUAAGAAGGAAGAGAAGGCCCUGCCUGUCCGAUCCGUCGCCGACGAAGCUGCGCAAAAGGCUAAGGAACUUCGCCUGAAGACUCUGCGAGAAAAGGUCCAUGGUAAGGAUGGUGCGAAGGCUAAGAAGGACGACACAAGCGCAAAGGAGACUGGAAAAUCUAAGGAAUCAGGAACUCCUGUCGCAAAGACCGAUGGCAUUCAGUCGCCAACAUCCGGUUCGUGGGCCGAGACGGAUGCAGGACGAAACGCUAUUCAGAGUCCAACAAGCGGCACUUGGAAGGAAAGCGGUCCAGGUUCAAUCUCCUCCUUGAAACGAGCCAGUGUGGAAGUGAGCCCGGACGAGGCUAAAGCUGUGGAAGCUAAGACGGCCAUAACGGAAGAGCCCGAAUUGGAAAAGAAGGCUGAGAUAAAGUCGGACGAUGAUGAUUCGGACGACGAUGAGGAUGAGACCGAAGAGGAGGAGGAAGAGGACACUGAUGAGGAUAGUGACGAGGACAGCGAAGAAGAUGAGGAAGAAGAAACCAAGAAGCCUGGGGUAGCGCCAGAACCCGAGGCGGCAGCAGCAGCAGCACCUGUAGAAACGGCAGAAGCUGCUAAAGAUGACAAGCCUAAAGAAGAGUCGGAGAGCACCAAGAAAGAGAUCAAGAAAGACUCCCACAAAGACUCGAAGAAAGACUCGAAAAAGGACCACAAGAAAGAUGUCAAGAAAGACACCAAGAAGCCAGUCAAGAAGGAUCCUAAGGAGACCAAGAAAGACGUGAAGAAAGACCCCAAGAAGGAUUCCAAGAAGGAUACUAAGAAGGACACUAAGAAAGAUACCAAGAAAGAUACCAAGAAAGACUCCCACAAAGACUCGAAGAAAGAAGUCAAGAAGGAUGCCAAGAAAUAA